AUGGAUCUGACUUUAGCCAGGUCUCCUGCUGCCUCUGCUGUCGAAAGGAGCGGUAUCGCAACGGACGGUCAGCUGAAGCCUCCGUCUGCCACCAACUAUAUUACUUCGCCCCAGGAUCCUGUGGCACCGUCGCCCGUUGCCUCGGACGUGACCAACUUUGAGGACGUGGAUGAAUUGGAAGAGGAGGGCACAGAACAAGGCUCGGUGACCGCAGGUCCUGUAGCCUCGAAUGAGAUCCAGAGACCACCAGUCACAUCUCCAUUGAGAGAGAACCUGCAACAUAUUGCGACUCCACUGCGGGUCGAAACAGGUCCUUCCCUGGACCAACAGUUCCGCGCGAGACUGGAAGAAGAAAAGGAGCCUCAAUCUGUGAUCCAUAUACCGACGGGAUUUGGCAAAUUUCCGAACCAAGAGAUCCCUCAGUCGUAUGCUGAAAAGGAGCAGGACGAACCCCAAGGAAGCAUUGCUGAAGAGCCACAAUCACAAGAGCUCAAGGAUCUUGAAAGAUCGAGGGCGGAUUCGACUGAUUCAAAAGCUUCAGAAUCUACCAUCACACAACCGCCGGCUACUCGAUCAGGAGCCAAGACUCAUGAGGCUCCGAUGCCUCCCACGCCGCUGCAAACCUCUCUUCCUUCGCUCCCUCUCCAUGACUGGUCGCGCACUCCGAGAGCCCAGACAAGACAGGACCUCAGUUCCCUCAGCCGUCCUGGCUCCAGUCUUGCCAGCAUUCUCGAGGGCGAUGACACUGACCACCCCAGCACCGAUGAGACCGGAGACGAGAGUCAGCUCGGCCAGCGGUUCUUACGGGAUGCUGAAGCGGAAAUCAAUGCCCUCCGCAAUGCCUUGUCUGAGUGCUGGACCCUGUGCAAUACCUUGGCCAGCUUGAGCCACAUUCAUCGCGAGAGAAUAUUCAAUUUCUCCGGUCGUGGUGAUAUGCAAGAGCAAGCGUGGAAAUCCUGCUGGAAGCUGUGCCAGAACCUGUACGACACCCGAGACAGCAAUCUCUCGCAAACCUUUUCUCACAACUCCUCUCGACCGACCCUCGACCUCUGUCGCGAUUUUUGCCAAGCGCUGUUUGAGGUCCGCGUGCGUGAUAACGAAACGGCCGACUCUGUCCUCCGUGUCAGCUUUGAAUUGAACAAUCAUUUAUUCAAUACUCAUGAUCGCAGUCUGCCCGAAGCGUUCCGGGAAAGGACGUUGGAUUUCUACAUCACUCUGUGCCACCGGCUGAUGAAGCAGAAGUCCAAGAUGGCGGACGAGACGGAUUCGUUGCUGCGAGCUUGUUGGUCUUUGGCAGAAAUGCUGUUUAGUCUACGACAAAAUCGAAGAGAAGGGAAACGGCCCGAUGAAGAGCUCCUCGGUUCAGCUAUCCAGGCAUGCUGGGAGCUGUGCGACCUGUUCCGAGAAGGUUGGACGCAAAUUCGUCCGGAGCGAGGAACUCCACGGCCGAGCCAGACGACCUUUACCCAGGCUUUCAAUCAAGCCAAACGCUCUGGUUUUGCUCCUUUGGAUGAAAAUGGCAACCCCCGGGCACUGCCCGAGACACCGACCACGAUUUUCGAGGACACGAUUACCACCAUCUCGCCGGAUGAAGCUCCUGUGCCGAAUAUUCUUGUGCUCGGGGCAGAAGAAGCAUCCAGAAUGUCUUCGGCCUCGUCGACUUCUUCCACCCCGGCGCCUAAUCAAAGCAGACAACUAUCACCUAACCCACCCAUUCACCGUAAUGCACAUUCCGCAAACCCAGGAACGACUUCCGCAACUAAUCACAGAUGGUCAACGACCUCGUCCGUUCUUUCGCUUCCCGCAUCAGCCGCCUCGGAAGGGGGACCUAAUCCUAUGUCUGCCACCACCGUGUCGACUGUUCGUACGCCCGCUGAGGAUCCUACUCUCAUCCUUCUGAAGACAUUGUUUGUGAAAGCAGCUCUGUCCACUGGCCGAGGCUACACCCGGGCAUCGGCGGACCCGAAUCUGAACUCUCUGCCGAAUUUUGCUCGGAACUUGCCCGACACUGCAUUCGGGACUCUGGCGUGGCAAGUGUCACUGCUGGAUAAUUAUCGCAAGACCAUUGCAAAUGAUAGCACAUUUCGCAACCUAGGCGUCGCUGGGACCAUUGCUGAACAGGGACGGAUUAAUGCGGUCGAACUCGCGCGAGCCGUUCGUGGGAUGACAAGCUGCGUCUAUGGGUAUGGAUGGCUCCGAGACCUGUAUCGCUUCGUGUUCGGAUAUUACAUUGAGGAGGCGCUGAAAGGGAGCAACUCCCAAGCCGGCGGGGCCCGCAGGGCAGGUCGACAGGGUGGUCCCGCGGCCAGUCUUGCUGCUGCUGUCAUGACCAAUAAUCCCUCGACAUCUGGGGUUGGGCCUGGAGCAACGUCUACGACAGGGAACUUGGGAGGAGCAAAGGCCGGGGGAAACGGGAACGGUAAUAAUGGACUUGCUCACGGGAGAAGGCCAGUGAGCCAAUGA